ACAGAAACUCUAAUGUCAUUUAUUGGAAAAAGUUCUUUGUAACUGUCACUUUAUUUAGAAGAAAUAUACAAUUUGUAUUUUAUAUGAUCAGACAAUGGGAGAUUCAACCAAGUUAUGAAACAUCUACAACUCCUACAAAUACAUUUUCGAGAGUGGAAAAAAUUUUACAUUGUAAGUGUCCAAUUAUCGGAACAGUGAGAUAUCAAAUGAUUAAUGCCGAACAAAGAAUCGGUGAAACCUUGGAUAUUAUUCGACGAAGAAAAACUUUCAGUUACAGAUUCUGGAAAAACCGUUGGGCUAUCAUCAGUUGUUUACUCAUGGUACUGUUAAUGGUAUUUCUAUUUUUAUACGGUACCAUAGUAGGAGCUGGAUUGUGUUCGAGCAGUUCCUUGGGAAUAUCGGAGGGUCCACCUUGUACCGCAACGUUCGCUUUUUUACGGGGCAUAAAUUUGGGAAGAACGUCUAGCGUAUUUAUAUUUUAAUUAUUUAAAUUAUAGUCUAUACUUCUUUUAAACAAUUAAACUAUGUGAAAGUUUUUUUUAGUA